UUUCCUGUUCCUGCAUUUCGGUUCCGCCUGUAAAGGCUGCGCUUUAUUUUUCUGAUGCACGUGUCUCUUUUGCACAACUCCAGUACUGUUAAAUGCAAACGUUAAAGAAAGUCCUUGUAUCGUGGUGAUACGUGAGGAGGUAGACUGUGAAUGCACUUUCUGACGAUUGAUUUUUAAGUGUAAUUCACGAAUUAUUUUGUGUCGUAUACCUCCAGAGAGGUAUAUCUAGCGCCUUUAUUUUCUUUAGGCACUAUACAUUUCAUUUUAAAGAACUGUGGAAAAGACGGAGUCCUGUAAUUAUAUAUUUUUAAAAUAUGGGAGCAUAUUUGUCUCAGCCAAACACAAUGAAGUCCAGUGCCGACGGGGGAAACGAACAUCUGAGCUUCGGAUAUUCCGCUAUGCAGGGCUGGCGGGUGUCAAUGGAGGAUGCCCACAAUUGCAUUCCCAAGUUAGAUGAAGACACAGCCCUGUUUGCAGUUUAUGAUGGCCAUGGAGGUGAAGAAGUUGCAUUAUACUGUUCUAAAUAUUUUCCUGAAGUCUUAAAGGAGCAGAAGUCUUACAAGGAAGGAAAGCUUCAGAAGGGACUUGAAGAGGCUUUUUUGGCAAUUGAUGCCCGAAUGACACAAGAAGAUGUAAUAAAAGAACUGUCAGAGAUUGCAGGGCGCCCACGUAAUGAUGAGGAAGAAAAGGGGAAAGUAGCUGAAGAAGAUGACGUUGAUAAUGAGGAGACAGCUCUUCUUCACGAAGAAGCAACAAUGACAAUUGAAGAACUUCUAGUUCGCUAUGGCCAAAACCUGAACACCAUGAAUACAGUUAGCAAAGCGUCUUCUGUAAAUAAAUGUGUGGACAAAGAAGAUAUGGAAAAUCGUGAACUGCAAAAAAAUGCCAAUGGACAAAACAGCUCUGAAGAGCUUUUAAAUGAUCAGUCUGUGGGACAUGACAGUUCUAAAGAUGAUGUUGACCAGAUAUCAUCAAGCUCUACGAGUCUUGAAAGUGAAGGUGUUAAAAGGGGGACCAGUCUGUCAUCUGAGAAAAGUGAAGAGGAGGUGUCCUCUUCUACAGGUGAUUCUAGACCUUCAUGUUCUUCAAACACAGGCAGACGUCAGUGGGGAACUAAAUCAAAGUUCUUUGAGGACAGUGAAGAUGAAUCAGAAGGGGCAGAAGAUCAAGAACAGGAAUGUAGUGAGGAGGAUGAGGAUGAUGAUGACGACGACGACGAUGAAGAGGAGGAGGAGGAGAGUGACUGGGAAGAAGAAGAAGCGCUGAUGGCUGGAGGGCGGGAGGGUGAGCUGGAGCCUGGUUCUGAUAGUGGGACAACAGCUGUUGUUGCAGUAAUUCGUGGAAAUCAGUUAAUUGUUGCUAAUGCUGGAGACUCGCGAUGUGUGGUUUCAGAAAAUGGGAAGGCAGUAGACAUGUCUUAUGAUCACAAGCCAGAAGAUGAAGUCGAGCUGGCAAGGAUCAAGAAUGCAGGGGGCAAAGUUACUUUGGAUGGAAGAGUUAAUGGGGGUCUAAAUCUUUCCAGAGCUAUUGGAGAUCAUUUUUAUAAACGAAACAAGAAUCUUCCUCCUGAUGAGCAAAUGAUUUCAGCUUUGCCAGAUGUGAAAGUAUUAACAUUAACUGACACACAUGACUUUAUGGUCAUUGCUUGUGAUGGAAUCUGGAAUGUUAUGAGCAGUCAAGAAGUGGUGGAUUUUAUAAGUGAACGUCUUCUUAAAGAAAAAAAAAAAGAGACCAGUUUGUCUUCCAUAGUGGAAGAGCUGCUAGAUCAGUGCUUGGCUCCAGACACGUCGGGUGACGGGACGGGCUGUGAUAAUAUGACCUGCAUUAUUGUUAGGUUCUUGAAAAAGUCGAACUGUAGCCAAAUUGACAGUAAGAGAAAAUGGACAGUUGAAGAGGAGAAUGGCAAUGUGGACAGUAAGAAAUUAAAAACGGAAUAAGGUUAGAACUUUUGAAUUAUCCCUGCCGCUCAGUUUGAAUCAAGGAGAACAAAUUGUUCCUUUUUUAUUUUUAUGGACAAAAUGUUUGUUUUUGGUACAAUUAUAGAAACCUCCCAUGAACCUCUUGUUUGGUAGAACAAUAAAAAAAAAACAAUUUCUUGUA